GUUGCUGACAUACGGAAUUAAAAACCAGAAUCUUUGUUCUUUCUCAAACCUAGGGAUUUUCUGUCCUUUAGUUUUUUUUUAUCGAAACUCCCAUUUCGAAUCCUUUAUCAUUGGAAUUGAGAAUCUGAUUUUUCUUGUGUUUAGAAUGAUCUUUUAGCCAUGCGUUGGCUUCGGAGUAUUUCUUCUUCUUCCUCGUCUUCUUCUUCGGCCACCUCUCCCAAGAAACCUUGUAAAGAUAAUGAUAGUAAUUCUAACAAGCAUCGUUUCAGUUUUGGGUUUCGCUUAUCUAGGCUGACGAGGGCGAAGGAGCUGCGGCGUGUCAGGGAUCAGGGCGUUGCUCCGACGAAGGAAGUGCAGGUGUCGGUGCAGCCCAGCUGUUACCAUACUCCAUCUUUGUCGCCGAGUUCGUCUGCGAGGAUACCAACGCCUGCAGUGGCAGUGGCGGUGCCGUUGCCGCUCCCGCUUCCGGUUCCGGUUCCCGAAGGAGAUUGGGAGCAAAGGUUGUCGCCGAAAGAUGUUGGGUCUGGCAAGGGAUUAGAGGGUAGAGAUAAAGAAAAGGAAGCUGAGCCACGGUUGUCGGCCAAUUCAAGCAGGUUUGCUACUCGUGGCUCAUCGAAGAGGGCGGAUUGUGCCAGAAGAAGAUCAUCUGAGAAAAUACUAUACCAAGAACUGAUUAGAGGGGACAGCUUCGAGCAUGACUUUCGUGCUAAUGUCUCGAUUAGUAGUGCCCCUGGGAGCCCGUUAAGCGGUGCCGUUAUUAGCCCAACUGGAAAGAAUCCAAGUAACAGGUUUCUACACUUCAUGACUCCUGCAGGUGGUAACCAUGCUUGGUCUGCUCCGGAGAUGCCAACUUUAGACGUUCCAGGGCAUUUUCCCCUGGGAUAUUAUGAUUUGGGUGCAUAUAGCAUUGAUAAUACUCCAUUUCAUACUCCACCAAAUAGAAGUCCUCAUCAAAGGCAUAGUGGACCUCCUUCACCGAUAAAACAAAGGAUUUCACUCGACAGCUCACCAUCUCAGAGCAGCAAUGUCCAUCCAUUACCUCGUCCUCCAGGAGCAGUAAUGACUUCAACAUCAGCUUCCAUUCCCCCCCAAGUUACAUCUAAUCCAGACCCGCUGCGGAUUAAUUGUCAAUGGAAAAAAGGCAAGCUUAUUGGGCGUGGUACAUUCGGAAGUGUUUAUGUUGCCAGUAACAGACAAACUGGAGCUUUAUGUGCAAUGAAGGAAGUUGAGAUAUUUCCCGAUGACCCGAAAUCUGCAGAGUGUAUAAAACAACUAGAGCAGGAGAUUAAGGUUCUUAGCCAGCUCAGGCAUCCGAAUAUAGUUCAGUACUAUGGUAGUAAAAUAGUUGAAGAUAAGUUCUAUAUAUAUUUGGAGUAUGUUCAUCCUGGUUCAAUUAAUAAAUACGUUCGUGAUCACUACGGUGCCAUAACCGAAUCUGUUGUUCGCAAUUUUACCCGCCAUAUUCUUUCAGGGUUGGCUUACCUGCACAGCACAAAGACGAUUCACAGAGAUAUUAAAGGAGCUAAUUUGCUUGUUGAUGCAUCUGGAGUUGUGAAGCUUGCUGACUUUGGGAUGUCCAAACAUCUUAGUGGACAAAGAGCUAAUCUAUCUUUGAAGGGAAGCCCAUAUUGGAUGGCUCCGGAGCUCUUGCAAGCCGUUAUGCAGAACAAUAAUCGUUCUUCUGAACUUGCUCUAGCAGUUGAUAUUUGGAGCUUGGGUUGCACGAUUAUCGAAAUGUACACUGGUAAAGCACCGUGGAGUGAAUAUGAAGGGGCUGCAGCUAUGUUUAAAGUGAUGAGGGAUACUCCUCCGACACCUGAAACAUUAUCACCCGAGGGGAAGGAUUUCCUACAUUGCUGCUUCCAAAGAAAUCCGGCAGAGAGACCCUCUGCGAGCAUGUUAUUAGAGCACCGAUUUAUAAAAGGCUCAAAUGGUCGGUUGUUUAAGCAUCUAAUAGAUAAUGUCCAUGAUAGAUAAGAAUACUUCCCCCUUCUGUUGCUGCUGACUUCUAAUUGUUUGAUUACUAAUCGGUUUAACAAGACACCAUUCUGAACUUAACCCGAAUCCAUUUCCAGUUCAGCAGAGUCCGUAAAGGAAUAAAACUGACUUCUAACAGGUAAGAAUUUCAUGUUGCAUUGCAAUUUGCGUAUCGUUAUCAAUCCAUCCAUUCGAUCAAGUUGGGAAACUUGUGCUAUAUUCUUGACCUUUCAGUGCAGCUUCAUGCGUUAAUAUUUUUCUCCGGAGAAACUGCUUGAUGAGAACCAUCACCAUUUUACUCUCCUUGUUCUACCUUUGAGGCUCUUCCUAGUUCGUCGUUUCUUCUUCAUCCCAGUCCUACUGUUAUCCGUGACAUAACGAUGAACCUGGAUUCUAAAAAGAACCGUAUUCUCGGAUCACGUCAAAGAGAGGAAGAAGCAGUGGUUUAUGCUGGUAAGACAGCUUCAAGCCUUGCCGUGGAGAGCUAAAGCACCCCCCGCCUGUUCUCUGUCUUGCUGAUCCGGAGGCAAAGGUAGAACAUUAUAUAUGUUAUGCACAGAAGCAGAAAAAGCAGGGUUUAGUAUUCAUAUAUUUUUGUUCAAAGGGUUUUGUAUGUUAAUGGACUAUUUGUUAAAGAUUAUGAAUGGUGGGAUAUGAACUA